AUGGCAACCGGAAGUCAAGAGAACUAUAGUAGUUUGGAUCGCACUAUAACUACGAACCAAGAACUAGGAAUGUAUGAGUUAGUAAACACUCCUUCAAUCGAAAACCCGGAUAUGUUCAGUCAAAGUCGCAUAGAUGCAACUGAGAACUCCAAGGACUCAGAAUGUCUUGUUUGCCUGGAGACUUAUUCAGAGCAACGGCCAAUGUUGAAGCUACAAUUUUGUCCACACAAGAUGUGUAAGAUCUGCUUUAUACGUAUGACCAAGUACCAAGGUAUUCAGAUGGUCGACGGAGACAAAUGGGCUGAUUGCCCAUUUUGUAGGGAAAUGUUGGAGGCUGAACUAAGAUGGACUAUUCUUCCCACUUUCAAGCUAAACUUCUACCAUGACUUUCUAUCUGGUUCUUACUCUAAUAGUCUAGGUUCGAAUAAAGAUGGGCUGAUUGGCAUCAAUUCAGACAACCAAGGAGUUAUAGUCAAGAACACGGUUGCGGUAGAAAUGCGUCAGGACGGUGAAUACACCGAAACCGUCUGGAAGCGUGAGAUGUAUUUGAGAAUGACAUCAUGCCCAGACUGCACGAAUAGUUGUGCCAACUCCAUGAACUGCAGCACAGCAGAAGCCACCCGCCAUUCGAAGAUGGUCCGCGACUUCUUCGGAUUUUUGGCCGGCAACAUUCCUCGAGACUCAACUCGUCGUGUCACUCGUAUGCGACAACUAGAUAUAGUCAAUGAUUGGACUCCUGGGAGUCGUCACACCGAAGCCGGCGAACCUAUGCUAAUUGAGACUUGGUAUCAACACGGGUUUCAACGGAAGAUGGGGCAAACCCACGAUCCUGAAGGCCCUUCUUGCAGUGGUCAGCCGACCACUACAUAUUAUGAAUGGGUGAGAUGGACUACUAAGGUACGAGAACGAUACUAUCGUGCUACCUUACUUCCCGUGAAGCUUUACAUCGAACAGCGUCUCGAAGAGGAUAUAGAAGACGAUAAACAUCUGCUAAAGGUAUUCAUUGAAAUCCAAAAGGUUAUAGCGAUGUGCUGUCCUGAGGUUCAACAGCUAUCCGAUCUUAAAACUUUCGUUGAAUCCAAAGGACUUCGGACCUCGAACACUAGGCUCGUAUUAGAUCCUCAGAAGGUAUUUCCCACAGUCGUAGAGGAACCAGACGAAGAUCUGGGGUUCGGGCGGAAUUGGGUAAGGAGGCCAAGGAUGAUAGUCCAAGCUUCGGCGGCAUUUCUUAUACGACAGCUGCAAAAUUUAGGUGCAAGGACACCCGAGGAGCAAAAUCCUGAUACUAUUAGCUUAGACAUUGAGAGCUGCCCACACCAGCCACUAACAAAGUACGUCUCUCCAUGGUACACUCAACUAGAGGAUCUGCAUCGUGCUAAAUUCUUCUAG